AGCCGUUAAACUUGACUCCAGUUAAAACUGACCGCGUGCCGCGUGUAAGGAGUAAGUGAGUCGUUUGAACAUUUUCCCAUCAAGAUGGACAAAAUACUGCUUCUGCUUGGAUGUGUGGCUCUAUUUGGCCUUGCUCAAGGUUACACUUUGCGAGACAUGCUACGCGAGCGAGCUUUGAGACGCUACGAGGCAUAUGAUACAAACGACUAUCUAGCCACCAAAUACCAGAGGGAAUAUGAUGCCUUGAGAGCUAGAGCUCUAAGGACAUUACGAGAAUUCCAUCUGAGGCACAUGUUUGACGCAAACUUCAGAAUGGACGAAGAACACGAUCCAGAGACAAACGGAAUUUUCGUUGGGCAUAGACAGGAAUUGAAGAAUGUUGAAAUUCUUUUGGGAUUUGAACUGUUUUGA